AUGGUCAAUCUCUUCCAGAGGCAGAAGCACGACAAUAGAGGGGUUGAGGGGGAGGACCAUGAGCAGCAACCGGCAAAUGAGCGGACUCGCCUGCUCCCGCGCGAGAACGAGGGUUACUUGAGUCCUGAUGACCCUGCUGUCUCGCCCUACAAUCUCUGGAGCGUCCGAGCCCUACGGGGCCUCUCCUCGACUUUCCUCGCCAUUAGCUUCGUCUGGUGGACAUUCCUCCUAGUGUCGCUCUUCGUCAGUGCACCAGCACUGCAUACUCGAGGAUCCGGAUUCUUCGCCUUCGCCUACACAACCCUAACAGUCGGCUACCUUCUCUUUGGGAUAAUUUUCUUCGCCGUACCCUCCAAGCCAAUGACAAUAUGGGGCGUAGUGCUCGCCAUCUUCCUCUUCAUCGACAUGAUCAUCACAAUUGCUGUCCCACGCAUUCGAGUUGAAGAAGGCUGGGUCGGAAUAGCCACCGUGGUCUGGGCAACCAUUAUCGCAAUCUAUAACAUUGUUCAGAACCGCUACGUCGCAUGGGGAAAGCGAGAGGAGGAGGAACGCCUUACAGGCCGCGAGGAGACCCGCCGUUCUCUGCGUGAAUGGCUCGCUGUAUUCGCUGAAACUCUGUUCAUGGCUGUCAUUGCUAUCAUAUCCAUUCUGUUCAUGAUCACUUUGAUCCUGCGCGCGCGUGACGCGAGCCUCAAAGCCCCGGGACAGAAAUACUACGUCAGCGCGCGCAGCUACCAAGUCCACCUCAACUGUGUAGGUAACAACACAAGCAACAAAGACACCCCAACCGUCCUUCUUGAAGCCGGUGACGGCCCUGUCGAACACACGCUUCAGCCCUUUAUCGACGAACUGCACCAGAAGGGCGCCAUAACCCGCUACUGCUACUGGGACCGACCGGGCAUGGCCUGGUCCGAUAACGCACCCUCUCCCUUCUCCGCUGGCAUGGCUUCAGACGCCCUUUCCGAAGCCCUCGCCCUCGCUGAUGAAGAGGGUCCAUGGGUCCUUGUUUCCGCAGGAAUAGGCAGCAUCUACAACCGCAUCUUCGCAAGCCGCCACCUUCUUGAGGUCGAGGGCAUCUUCCUCAUCGACCCGCUCCAUGAAGAUUACCUAGCCGACAUCGCACAACCAGGUCGCGGCUUUGCCCUCUGGCUUCGUGGUAUCUUGUCCCCACUCGGCCUCGACCGUAUUUUCGGCGCAAUCUUCCGGGGUCGCACACGCGAGGACCGCGUCUUCGGUCGCAGCGCUUACCAAACGGGUAAAUAUAUUCGCGCGAAGCUACAAGAGAACCUCGUUGCGGGGUCCAUGACGAGGUCGGAGAUCGAGGCUGCGAGGCACGUCCAGAUGGCUGAUACGCCACUUACCGUUGUGAGUUCGGGUGUUAAGGUCGACGGGGAUAAGAAGUGGGCGAGCAAGCAGGAGGAUCUGACAGGGAUCACGAAGAACCUGAGGAACUGGGAUAUUGUCAAGGAUGCGCCGCAUGAGGUUUGGAGGACGACGGAGGGGAGGAGGGUGCUUGAGAAGAGGUUGAGGGAGAUGGUGUCGGAGGAAUGA